CCGCUUGCAUUCCUGACUGAGCGCUUCCUGCAGCAGCUUCAGCCUCAGAUCGGACUGUGUGUGUCAGCCGAGACAACCCGGAGGAGCAUAGCUGUCCUCGGCUCGCCUUCUUCUUCCCACACGGAGACGACUGAAAACGCAGUUACCCAUUUUUUUUAGCAGCUAAAGCUGAUUUCCCGCAGCUGAAGCGCCGUCGUUAGCAGGUUUGUGUGUAAACUCUAGAAGAGAUGAAGGACAAACAAAAGAGAAAGAAGGAGCGGACCUGGGCUGAGGCAGCUCGCAUGGUUCUAGAGAAUUUCUCUGAUGCACCGAUGACCCCCAAACAAAUCCUCCAUGUCAUCCAGACCAAGGGGCUGAAAGAGAUGAGAAGUGGAACAGCUCCUCUGGCCUGCCUGGUCACCAUGCUGCACUCCCAGGUCAGAGGAGACAGAGUGAAGAACAGCAUCUUCUUUAAGCUCCCUGGACGAAUGAGCCUCUUCACUCUGAAGAAGAAUGCUCUCCAGUGGACGAAGCCAUCGUCAGAGUCUGAGGCAGUAUCGGAACAAGCCAGCAGCUCUGGACUUCCUGCUUCCAGCAGCCACCCCCCAGUUUCAGGAUCAGCUGGGGUCCCCACUGACACGACAGAAACCAUUGAGCAGGAAGCCUGUGACUUCACCGAGACGACUGUUACAGCUAUUUUAGACGAUGGCUCAGUGGAUGAGAGUUCAUCCAACGCCUCCUGCUCCACAGAGCUGCAACCUCCCACCUCCCAGCCUCAGACUCGUCUGAGCAGAGCAGCAGGGCAACAGGGCCGCACGGAUCCACAACAGACCCAGACCAGACUGAGCCGGUCCAGACAAUCGGGAAGACAGAGGAAGAAAGCUGUCAUGAUGCCUCGUGUUGUUCUCACUCCUCUUAAAGUGAAUGGAGACCAUGUCCCUGCAGGUCCCAUGAAGAGAAGCCGAGGAGGUGUUGAUGUGGACUUCGAAACACCUGGUUCCAUCCUGGUGAAUACCAACAUCAGAGCUCUCAUCAAUGUGAGGACGUUCUCAGCUUUCCCUCCACACUCUCAGCAGCAGUUGCUGCAGCUACUGCCCGAGGUGGACAGACAGAUUGGACCUGAUGGGAUGGCCCGAUUAAGUAGUUCUGCUCUCAAUAAUGAAUUCUUUACUCAUGCCUCUCAGAGCUGGAAAGAAAGACUUGCUGAGGGUGAAUUCACCCAUGAGAUGCAGGUCCGCUUUCGACAGGAAAUGGAAAAGGAGAAGAAGGUUGAGGUGUGGAAGGAGAAGUUUUUUGAGGAGUACCAUGGGCAGAAAUCUGGUUUAACACGAGAGGAGUCCCUCAAGCUCACCAUGAGUGAAGCCAAUGAAGUUGCAGGCCCUGUGCUGGAAACUGAUGUUGCUGUGGUGGCAGCUGGUGCUCCCAAACGACGCACGGUGGGUCGCCGGAGGCGGGAUGGCAGGAUGAGAAGACGUACACGUGCUGACUUGCGUCGGAGAGCUCGUCGUACUCUUUGCAAGGCUGCUCCAGCUCUGCAGUCUACAGAUGGAGGUGAGACAGGUGCCGUGUUAGAUGUAGCGGCUGUCUCCAUAGACUCUUCCAUGUCCAGUAACACCGUGGUCCAAGGUGAGGUCGUGCUCCACACUGACUGUGCUGUGGAACUCCCAGAUGAGAGCGCCUCUACAGAACCAAUGCCCUCUCCUACUUCAGAACCACCUCCAUUACCAGCCCCAUCUCCUGCUCCAAGUCCCAGUCCCAGCCCAGCCUCCACCAGUGCCAAUGAAGAGCCUGAAGUGACACCCUGCUUGCUUCCCAAGGAAACGGCACCCGUUCUGGCCUCCACUACCUCUCCUUCCUCCUCCUCCACCUCUUCUUCGUCUGCAUCCUCACCUGCCUCAUCACCCUCUUCAUCUGAUCGUCAGGGGGCUUUUGCUGCAGGCUUGGACUCUUCAUCAUCUUCAGGAUCUUCCAGUGCCACAGUCCCUGCGGAUACCCUGGAUGAUACUGCCUCUGUGAUCACCUCUAUCACAGGAGGAACCGCUACUAGCAGCCGAGAGAGCAGUCCGUCAGCUAGCCCAGCCGCAACCCCCGUGGAGCAGAAGAGGAGGCAAGAUGAGACUGAGGCCCCCUCUAGGUUUCCCGGAAAGAGGGCGCGACUCGAUGACCGUCAGUCCUUUCGUACCACAAUUGAAAGUGUCAGUUCAGAAAAGCCACAGCCAACAACCGAAGAACCCAAGGUGCCACCUAUACGGAUUCAACUAUCAAGAAUCAAACCACCCUGGGUCAAAGGGCACUCCACCUACCAAAUCUGCCCUCGGAUCGUGCCCCCUGGCGAGGGCUCGUGGAGGUCGGGGACGGGGGGCGCGCGGACCCUGGCAGACAUCAAAGCCCGUGCCCAGCAAGCCCGCGCACAGCGCGAAGCCGCUGCUGCUGUUGCAGCCUCUGGCGAGGGGGCAGGGACGGCCGGUGUCCGGCUGCGGCCUGCUACUGGGUUACCGGAUAGCAGCAAUGGACGGCGAACGCGAGAGCAUCCAGGACCUAUCGAGCCCGGAGGAGGAGGAGGAGGAGGAGGAGGAGGAGGAGGAGAUGGAAGAGGAUUUAAUGAGUUGGAGGAGCAGGAAUCAUCUUCUGAACCUAAUUCGUCGAGAACACAACUACAGCUUCUCAAUGUAGAACCCACCUCCCACCCUUCCCCUUCACUGUCCAAUACAUCCACUUCCACGUCCUUAGAGUCUCCACAAACCUUAAGUCCUCUACAAGACCAGUCUGCCACAGUGUCCAAGGCUGGCAGAGAUGUGGAAGAAACAUCAGCCACUGUCCAGAUUUCCUCCAGUAGGUUCAUAGAAAAGACUUGUGCGUUCUCCCCAGAGCCUGACGUCACUUCUGAGACAUCAGUCACCAAGUCAGACCAGGAAACCCAGCUGCCGAAGUCUACUAAUUCCUCCUCAAAAAUGGUGAACCAAGAUUUAGAAAAACCUACGCUGACCCAGACUUCAAUCCCAGAUUCCCUUCCCAGAUUUGGAGCUCAGGGUGUGGAUGUCAUUCAGACACUGGGUGGUUCUUGUCAGACCAAAGAACACGAAAAAGGAAAAGAAGUUGGACUGGGUAGUGUUAUCCAGCAUGGAUCUCACCACGUAGACCGGCCAACAGAUGUUUCCUCUCCCAGACGUGUGGAGGUAAUUAACAUUUGUAAAGAGAAAUACGAUGAGGUUGACACACACAGCGACUCCACAGAAACUGCCUCGGACUGUGAGAACGAGAGCCAGGAGGACGAGCAGCAACUGUCCUCUGACUCGCACUGGUGCUCACCUCUCACAGCCCAGCAAAAUGGACCGUUGGUUAUCUGCAGCCCUCCUCCUCAGAACCAGCAUCCGGUCAUUCAGGCCCAUGUGUCUAGCCGUCAAGCCAGACCAGUGUCCACUGUGGAGGCCAACAACCCCCUGGUCACUCAGCUGCUACAAGGCAGUCUGCCUUUGGAGAAGGUUCUACCCUCACACUCUGCCAACAGGCUGGAGAUUAGCCGACUACCAGUAUCCCAAUCCAGAUCUUCAGCAACAAGGAACCAGGGAACUCGCAGUAAGCCAGAGUUCUCCGACUCAUCUUCUAGCACAGAUUUGACUCAUUCUAACAAGUCACCAAUGGGUCACCCAGUCUCCUGCCUCACUGAGGCCACAGAAGGGUCUCUGUACUUGCCUCACAAGACUUCUGGUGCUGUUCCAGUCAUUACCUCGGUGCCAAUGUCAUCCAAGGGUCAGUCAGACGUUGCUUCUCUGGCUUCUAUAGAACCUGCAGCUUUUAAAGAGUUACAUCAGCCUUCGCAGAGAGCCACUCCAGAUCGACCAGUCUAUCAGAUCUUACCCAGUACCCCCUCACCUUCCCACACAGAACCCCACCCCACUGAGAACAUAGCAACAAUUAAGAUAAACAUGAGAUCCCUGCAGUGUCAGCCCCCUCAUUUUCACCAACAGCAGCUGUCUCCUACACCCACUGUAAAGAAUGAAGGUGGUGCAAGAUCUUCCUGCCAGGCUCUUACAAAAUCCGGCCCCAUCAUGCCCAUCAAUGGAACUAAAAAAGAACCUGGGAACUCCAUUGAUGGAUACCUGAGUGGAGGAGCGAUGGAGGGCCUCCUCAACAUGGAAAUGACUUUGGCGAGGAUAGCCAAGAAGGAGCACAGCAAACCUCCAUGUUCAGCCACCUCGCCUUCCUCCUCCUCUUCACCUUCUUCUUCCUCCCUUCCCUUUCAGCUCUAUGGGAAGCUCCCCAAACAAAGCGUUAGCUACACAGCUAAUGUAUCAAUGAUGGACAAUGGUGGUUUUUCCAGGGGAAUGGCUGACGGUGUCCUUCAGCUGUGCCCCCGCCUGGCGUCCAGCCACACCACCCUCAGCAUCCAGGCCUUUGCAGAUACAGCGGCUGAGGAGGUGGCACUCAAGUGCUCGUGUCGUCUCAAAGCCAUGAUCAUGUGCCAAGGCUGUGGUGCCUUUUGCCAUGACGAUUGCAUCGGACCCUCUAAACUCUGCGUUUCGUGCCUGGUGGUCAGAUAG